AUGAGUACGCAGGGGUCCGGCCCUGCACGGUCGGCACUCAUCCUUUAUGGCACAGAAACUGGCAACGCGCAGGAAGUGGCCGAGGAAUUGGGCGCCUUGACAGAGCGGCUUCGAUUCGCGACGCAUGUUUCCGAGUUGAAUCAGUCAAAACCUGAAGCACUUCUCUCAUAUACACUGACUAUCUUCGUGGUGUCGACGACCGGACAAGGUGACCUGCCGGUCAAUGCACGGACGUUCUGGAAAUCGCUACUACUCAAGAAACUUCCGCCGACAUUCUUGAACGGUGUCAAUUUUGCGACUUUUGGUUUGGGAGAUAGUUCAUACCCCAAGUUCAAUUGGGCAGCUCGGAAGCUCUACAAGCGACUACUUCAAUUAGGAGCAAAUGACAUAUAUCCUACCGGCGAGGCAGAUCAGCAACAUCCUGAAGGGCACUUUUAUACCAUGGAUGACGGACUUCCGAAAGCACCUCAUGGACAGGCAUCCGCUCCCCCUGGCCAACAUCCUAUUCCUGACGACGUCCAGCUACCGCCGAAAUGGAUCCUGCAACCGAAGGACGAUGCCGGGCCUGUGCCAGCCCCCAGACCAGAAACGCUAGAGACAGAUGCCGCCCAAAUGGACGAGGACCCUGGCUUGACACACCUGGACUAUGAUCUUCGUCCUCUUCCCGACACGUUGACUGCAACUCUGACAGAAAAUCGACGUGUGACCCCACAGAAGCAUUGGCAGGAUGUCCGCCGGAUCUCCAUCACUGUGCCGGAAUCCGUUCCAUAUGUACCCGGUGAUAUGAUCGCCAUUACUCCCAAAACCUCACCGAAAGAUGUCCAAACGUUUAUCGAUGUCAUGGGAUGGAAUGAACAAGCAGAUAAACCAAUUGCCCUUGUUCCGACGGGGGAUACUCUUGCACCAUCACCCAUCCCUGGACUGGAAGACUACCCCAACCUGACAUUGCGAUCCCUCCUUAUUGACUAUCUUGACGUGAAGGCGAUUCCUCGUCGAUCGUUCUUUUCCAAUAUCGCCCAUUAUACCCAUGAUACCAUGCACAAAGAGCGACUGCUGGAGUUCACAAAUCCUGAAUACCUAGAUGAGCUGUGGGACUAUACGUCUCGGCCACGACGCAGUAUUCUUGAAGUACUGCACGAGUUCGACUCUGUCAAAAUUCCUUGGCAGCAUGCUGCUUCUGUCCUUCCAGUUAUUCGUGCAAGACAAUUCAGCAUUGCCAGUGGUGGAGAGCGCAAACGGACUGCGGAUGGAAAGACACAGUUUGAGCUUCUCAUCGCCAUCGUCAAGUACCAAACCGUUAUCAAAAGAAUCCGGGAGGGCGUUUGCACCAAAUACCUCUCCACACUUCGACCGGGAAGUACACUUCGGGUCCAGUUACAGCCAGGCGGACUUAAUUCAUCAGUCCAACAAUUGACUGCAUCGACCGUGCUCAUCGGACCAGGCACUGGAAUCGCACCUCUCCGCUCCAUGCUAUGGGAAAAGGCAGCCCUAGUCCAAGCAUUCCGCGAACAAAAUCCUGGUGUCGAGCCCCCCAUCGGCCCCACCGUUCUACUCUAUGGCGGUCGAAAUCGCACCGCAGAUUUCUUCUUCGAGGAAGAAUGGGAUCAUCUCAGGAAGCUCAUACCCUUACAGGUGCUCACCGCAUUCUCCCGUGACCAGCAACAGAAGAUCUAUGUGCAGGAUACGAUUCGGCAAAACUUGACAUUGUUCUUCCGUCUUCUACAUGACAUGAAGGGCUCGGUUUACAUCUGUGGUUCAUCCGGGCGAAUGCCACAAGCUGUGCGGGAGGGGCUUAUUGAGGCAUUCGCUCAAGGAGGAGCGCCGAUGACCGGCCAGCCAUAUACCCGAGCACAGGCAGAGGAAUAUUUGAUUGGCAUGGAGAAGAGCGGGCGGUAUAAGCAAGAGACGUGGUAG